AUGCUGAUGGGGAGCGGGACGGCGGCGGGGCUGCUGGAGUUCGCGCUGCCGCAGGGCGGACGCGGCGAGGCGACGGCGGGGUACGAAGGGGAGUACGAAGCGAUGCUGGCGGGCAGCGGCGAGGGCUACAUCGACGAGGGCGGCGCCAUGCUCAUGGAAAUGGACGCGGCGCGCAGAGCCGGCGCGCAGCCGGGCAAUGCCGCGCAGCAGGGAAGUGCUGGACAGACCGGGCAUGGCGGAGAGGCCGGCGGGGAGGCGGACCCCGCGGGGGAGAGCGCGGAAAACGAGACGGGCGUGUGGACGUCGACGCUGAUCGAACACUCGCAGAGCCGCGUGAAGAAGGGGAAACGGUGUCCCGUGUGCUCCACGCGGUGCGGGAACAGCUCCAAGUUCUGCAGUGUGUGCCACUCGCCGUUCAAAACCAUCUCGAAGACGGGUAGGGUCGGGUUCCCGCGGGGAUGUGUAGUGAAGCGGUAUCGGUGCAGCGUGGAGGGCUGCGGCGCGCUGUUUCACUACGAAAGCCAGCUGCUGGCGCACAUGCGGACGCACAACCACAUCAAGGCGUUCCAGUGCAAGAUCUGCCAGAAGUUCUUCGCGACGAAGAGCGGUUUGACAUGUCAUCUUCGCAUCCACAGCAACGAAAAACCGUAUCUCUGCGAUGUGGAGGGGUGCAAUAAGCGGUUCCGCACUUCCUCUCAGCUCCAUCAGCACCAGCUCCAGCACACGGGCGAGCGUCCGUUUAAAUGCGAUUUCCCCGGGUGCAACGCGGCGUUCCGAACGAAACGAAUGCUGGAGCCGCACCUCCGGUCGCACACCAACGAGCCGUCUCCGCACAAGUGCAACGUGCCGGGGUGCGGGAAAGUGUUCAAGUACCGGUCGGGACUGCUGGCGCACAUCAAGAGUGCGCAUGACCAGAAGCACGCGCUGCGCUGUCCGGUGAGCGGCUGCCAGCAGCAGUUCAUGAACAAUGCGCAGCUGCGCGAGCACUACGAGCGGCAGCAUCCGAAUCUGCCGAAUUCGCUGUAUGAGUCCCGAAUGCCGUCGUCUCUUCCCUACAUGCAGAUGUCAGCGUUGUCGAUUGAGGGAAUGGGGAGGGGGAUGAUUCCGACGAUGCUUCAGCAAACGACAAACGUGCCGCCUAUCUCGGUUCGCGGGUCGGGAGAAAUGCGGUCUGAUAAUGUGAUUGCGGAAAUACCGAUGAUGAACGACGUUAUGGACAAAUAG